CAUUAACAUCUCUCGGUAUUGGUUUAGAAAAAGAGGCUGGUGUUUAUUUGGGAAGCUGAAAUUUCAACGAUUUUUUUAAUUCAAAUUGCUUCGGUUGGUGGAAAAAGUGUUAACUAGAUUGCUAUUGUGUAGAAACAAUUUCUGGAAAAGUGAAGUGCAGAAAAAUAAAAAUAUAUAAAACGAAAUGAUAAAAAGUUAUUGAAAAGUAAAAGCGUAUUUGUUUUUUAUGUUUAAAAGCGAUUAAAAAAUAAGAAUUUAUUUCCGAGUUUAUUAAAGUGUUUUUAUUCUCAAAAUGCCUGAUAAAGUACUGACCACUCUAUUGGCCGAGAGCGUCUUGCUCACAAAAGUCACAAAGAUUAUAGCAGGAUACUCGCCCAUUACCAUUAUACUGGUAGGCGCCAUCACUUGUUUUCUGGUAAUCUACAAUAAAAGGCGCGCUCGCAUGGUGCAUCUAAUUGAGAAAAUUCCAGGACCUGCGGCAAUGCCAUUCAUUGGAAACUCGAUAGAAAUGAAUGUGGAUCACGAUGAAUUAUUCAAUCGGCUUACGGGCACAAUAAAGCUGUGGGGCCAUCGCAUCGGCUUCAAUAAAGCUUGGCAAGGCACAAGCCCUUAUGUGAUGCUGUUCGAUCCAGAAACCGUUGAGCCAAUCUUGAAUAGCCAAAAGUUCAUAGAUAAAAGUCAUGAUUACGAUUAUUUGCGACCAUGGUUGGGCACUGGAUUGCUGACCAGUUUUGGCCGGAAAUGGCAUUCGAGAAGAAAGAUUUUGACUCCCGCCUUUCAUUUCAAAAUUUUGGAUGAUUUUAUCGAUGUGUUCAAUGAGGAAAGCGCUGUAUUGGCACGCAAACUGGAGCGCGAAGUGGGCGCCGAGGCCUUCAACAUCUUUCCAUAUGUGACGCUCUGUACACUGGACAUUGUAUGUGAAACGGCUAUGGGCCGCAGCAUUCACGCGCAAGACAACAGUGAUUCUGAGUAUGUGAAAGCUGUUUAUGGCAUUGGUUCCAUUGUGCAAAAUCGUCAGUCAAAACUGUGGCUGCAAUUCGACAGCAUUUUCCGUUUCACCGCAGACUACAAACGCCACGAGAGCUAUAUCAAGACUUUGCACGGUUUUUCCAAUCGUGUGAUACGCGAACGUAAGGCCGAGCUGGCGGACAACAUACUCAACAACAAUGUCAACAACUUACCGGAUGCUUAUGAUGAUUUGGGCAAGAAGAAGCGUCUCGCUUUCUUGGAUCUGCUGAUCAAUGCUUCCAAGGAUGGUGCAGUGCUUUCGAAUGAGGAUAUACGCGAAGAGGUCGACACAUUCAUGUUUGAAGGUCACGACACUACCUCGGCAGCCAUAUCAUGGACCCUUUUCCUACUCGGCUCUCAUCCUGAAUAUCAAGAACGUGUGGUGGAAGAGCUGCAAUCCAUAUUUGGCGAUGACAAAGAGACACCAGCGACAAUGCAAAAUUUGAUGGAUAUGCGUUAUUUGGAAUGUUGCAUUAAGGAUGCGCUCCGCUUGUUUCCCAGUGUUCCAAUGAUGGCGCGCUCUAUUGGUGAGGAUGUAAAGAUUGGUGACUACUUGAUCCCCGCCGGCACCACAGCAAUCAUUGUGACCUACAUGUUGCAUCGCAAUCCCAAGGUUUUCCCCAAGCCCGAACAAUUCAAUCCAGAUAAUUUCCUGCCUGCGAAUUGUGCCGGACGUCAUCCCUUCGCCUAUAUACCCUUCAGCGCUGGUCCACGAAAUUGCAUAGGACAGAAAUUCGCCAUACUCGAAGAGAAGACAGUAUUAUCGACAAUAUUGCGGAAGUAUAAAAUCGAGUCAAUCGAUCGGCGUGAGGAUCUGACUCUUUUGGGCGAACUGAUUUUGCGGCCAAAGGAUGGUCUACGUGUUAAAAUAACGAAACGUUCUUGAGUAGAAGAGAUAGGAGAAUCGAUGUGCAAAAAUCGAGUGUUCCAUAAAGUAUACUUAGUUUCAUUAUAUUCGUAUAUAUUUUUUUUUGUAAAGAAUAUUUGUAUGUAAGAAUUAGUGUAAGCAGCGAUGAAUACGUGAAUUCACCAGUUAUGUUUAGACUUAAGUAGUAAUAUGAGCCCUUUCAAUUAUGGGGCAUUUUUUCAGUAAAAAAAAAAUCGGAAUUUUUUUUAGUUGUUAGCAAUCGUAGCUUGUAUAUCUGCUGUACCAAAUAUAAAAAUCUCGGAAUGUAAUUAUUGUAACAG